AUGGAGCGUCCGGUGCAGCCGGUGGCGCCACCGCUUGCGCUCGUUGAGAACCUGGACUCGCCCGCUCCACCGCUCGAGGCGGUGGAUGCCGAGGUCGCCGCCGCGAUCGACGAUCUGGCGACGCAGGUAACCUGCGAGAGCUGCCACAGCUGCUACCGCGACCCCCAGGUCUUGGACUGCGGCCACCGCUUUUGCAGGGAGUGCCUCGAGCAGGCGAGCUCGGCUGACCGCUGCUCCCUAUGCGCCACCUCCUUCCACGCCAGAGACGUCAAGCCGUCUGCGCUCUUCGGCGAGGUCUCCACGCGCUUCAUCGAGCUCAUCGGCGAGCUCCGGGCGCCCAAGCGCGCCCGCUUCGGCGGCCCGGUCUCGUGCAGCCUGUCCUCGGAGGGCGAGGCGGCGGCCCUGCGAGCGAAGCUGCGCGCGUUGGAGCGGUCGCUCCGCGCGCAGAGCGAAGUGCUGACUGCGAGCGUGAGCGGUCCCUUUGCCGGCCAGCUGCGGCUGCGCGGCGUCGAGUGCAGGGCCGGCGGCGAGGCGACAACCCUCGACGAGGAGGAGGUGCGCCUGCUCAACUCCCUCGCGCGACAGCACGGCGUGCUCGGCCGGUCGGCGGGCCGAGUUGCGAGGCUCCACCUCGAGGGCGGGGGCCCUCGCCUCUUCGACGGCCUCCACUUCCACCUGCACGGGCCCUUCAACAAGCCCUCCCGGAAGGACCUCCUCUCCCUCCUCCGCGAGGGAGGCGGCACCGCCGCCGCGGACAAGUGGCCCGACAGCCGCGGCGCGCCCGGCAGUGCCGCGGCGGACCCGCUCGUGCUGUACGGCGACCUUCCCGACGACGAGCUCGAGCCGCUGCAGAGCCGCUGCGCCGAGAGUGGCCUCGGCCCGCCCGCCCACGCCAAUUGGGUCUUCGAGUCCAUCUCGCGGCACGAGUGCCUCCCGCGGCCCGGCGUGGCAGAGGUGCCGUCCCAAGAGUCCGAGGUGUACUGA